UCUAGACCCUUUAAAAAGCUAGCCAUAGUGACCAAAAAAUUCCAAACUUUCAUACACAUAAUGAAAUGGAAGGUGGCAGUAAUUUUAGCCUAGUUUCUUUUGUAAAAUGCUUCAAUGGGUGCAAAGAUCAAGCUCAAGUCUCUAGUUUUGGUACAAGAAUUUGGAAUUUUAGUGAUAAACCAAUUGAAUUGCAGAUAAGGGUUGGUUCAAUCUUGAAGAAAGUUCAUACUUUGAAGGCAGGAUCAUCAAAGAGGCUAAAUUCCAAGAAAAUAUACAAGGCUUAUAUGCCAGGUGGUAAUAAAUUUGGGAAUAAUAAUGAAAGUGGAAUGAAGAGUUUGCUUUAUUAUUAUGAUGAAUCUUGUCACCCUUAUAUUUGGAUUAAUGAUACUGGUUGUGAUUUCUCAAGAAUGGUGAAGCAGCAGUAUAUAAGUCUUGAGGAUUUGAGGGAUUGUUCUGAGAUUAGAAUAUUUAGAGAUCAUCAAAGAGGUUGUAUUUCUGUUAGGAAAAAGACAAGAACUGAACUUUGUUGAUUGAUUUCUUUCUUCUUUUUCCAGUGUUUGCUAAUUGUAAGUGUAUAAAAAUCAUCUUUGUUACCUGUUUGUUUGGGUAUUUGUUUUAUUGGUUUUUUUCUUCUUCUUCAUUUUGCCUUGUAAGACAACAUUUUCCAUAAGGAUUUGGGAUUUGAAAGCUUCAAUAUGUUUGAUCUAUGUACUAGUAAGAACUGUGAUAUGUGGAUUGUAGAUUGAACAUUUUUU